AUGGGAGCUCCUGCGGCCCUCUUGUGGGAUGCUUUCCGUGACGCAUUGUGCGAAGACCAUUUAGAGCGGAAUCCUCUUGAUCACGAGCUUGCGUACAAGCUGGCUCUAAUUGAGAUCGACCGAAGCCUUCGACGUCAGGGAUCCUGCUUGGCCGAUCACGGUCUCCCUACUGUAGAUGACGACACGACCGAACUGGGGAGGGAACUACUCAUCUACGGUGAAAAUCGUCAGAGAUCACUUGUAGAUGAGUGGGAACCUAAACUUUCCCGCGACCAGAGGGCGGUCUUCGAUCAUGUUCGGUCUCUACUACAGGGCCAAGUCGAUCGUCGAUCAACAAAAUUGAUCUUUCUUGACGGACCCGGAGGCUACGGCAAGACCUGUCUAAUACAAGUUAUCCUCGCAUACGUCCGUAGUCGUAACCAGGUCGCUAUUGCUGUCGCUAGCUCCGGCAUUGCCGCUGGUAAUCUGCCUGGUGGCACGACAGCACAUAGCAUGUUUCGGCUACCACUUGAUCUCGGCGAUGGCACUGGAUAUUGGAACUUGACCAACGGAUCUCAGCGGGCAGAACUCAUCAGAGCCGCACAGCUCAUAGUUUUUGAUGAGGCCCCGAUGGCUCACCGGUACAUUUUUGAAAUCAUCGACAGAUCUCUGCGUGAUCUCAUGAAUUCACCUGAGCCAUUCGGGAAUAAGAUCUUUAUCUGCUGCGGAGAUUUCCGUCAGAUCGCACCAGUUGUUGCCAAGGCUCGUACUCCGGCCGACAUUGCCUGUGUAUCACUGUGUGCGUCAUCUCUGUGGUCAAGUUUCAAAAUCUUUUCUCUCUCCACUCCUCACCGGACUUCUGGGUCCACUGCCUACUCUGACUUCCUCCUCCAAGUAGGCAAUGGAACAAUUACAUCUGUUCCUUUUGGGGAAGGCCGUGACUCUGUUGCCCUGAUCCCACUGUCCGGUGUGAAAUACGUGACAUCCCUUCCCGACUUAAUCGAGUUUGUGUUUCCUGCUUGUGACCUACACCACACAGACAGAAUUGCAGGCAGGGCCAUUCUCUCAACCAUGAACGCCAAUGUCCAACAGAUCAACAACACCGUCCUCAACCUGAUGGACGGCGUCGUUCAUGAGUUGAGGAGUGCUGAUUCUGUGGACAAGGAGAACGACGAUGGUAUGGAUGUAGACGUUCACUUGUUGAACCAAGCUACUGGCAAGGGUGUACCAGACCAUGUCCUGCGACUCAAGAUUGGCUCCGUGUGUCUCGUCAUGAGGAACUUGAACAUUGACAGCGGACUCGUAAACGGCACUAAAGUGAUCGUGACGGCAAUAAGACCUCGUCUGAUCACAGUGCGACUCCCUGGACAACAUGAUCCGAUUUGUAUCCCCCGGAUUCAGUUCGUUUUCCCGUUCGUCGAGGGGUCACCGCUUCGUGUCCGCCGUCUUCAGUUCCCUCUCAUGCUGGCAUAUUCCAUGACUGGCCACAAAAGCCAGGGCCAGACGAUUGAUCGCGUCGGAGUCGAUCUUCGCAGUGACUGUUUCACCCAUGGUCAGUUGUACGUCCUUCUCAGUAGAGUCAGGCAUCCAGACCAUAUAGUCGUCCUUGUCCGUCCCGACCGUGUCCAAGGGGGAAUCGCAUACGCGAAAAAUAUCGUGUAUGACGAUCUCCUCCUCUAA